UUGAAAAGGUGGCCAGAGAACGAAUAAAGUAUUUAGUCGAACUGCACGAGUUUGUAGUAGACACAUUUUUUGACUUUGAUUUUUAAACAAGGAAAAAGUAAGCAUGUCAUAAUUAUAUUUUUCGACUGAGCCAGAUCAAAACGACUGACUCCAGAUGGGCAAGUUACAAUGGACAAAUCCGACCACAAUUUUGUGACAAAUCCAACGAGAUCGAGAAUGAAACGACACUCUAUACUAAGGAGCCCUCAAGAUAUGGGAAGGGAAACGUUCGACGGCCGUCCUAUUUCCUGGAGUAGUUACCAACCCAGAAUCCUCAAUUCCAGACGUCCUCAUACCCACCAACAACCACAAAACACGCACACCGUCAGACAGACAUACCACAGAAGACCGCAUCAUCCGCCGACGCUGAUCAUACCUAACCAUCCUUAUCCUCGUCCACCCCCCGUUGAGUAUAAAUUCGAAGUGGCCGAUGCCAGAAUCGUACCUAACAAUCCUCAUUCCUCACCUGCGACUUACCAGCAGGUUUACACGACGCCUAGGGUUCAAUAUUCCAAGCCGACUUUACAACAGAUGCAAUACAGGCCACACCUUCCCCAACAGCCGACGUAUCAAACGACGACCGUUCGCACUACGGCUAAAACUGUACCGAAUUUACAAGAGAAUUCGAAUAAAAACAACAGGCAGCCAAUCAACAAGGAAGAAGAGGAGGAGGAGGAAGAGGAAGAAGAAGAAGAUGACGAAGAAGAAGAUGACGAAGAAUACGAUGAUGAAGAUGACGAUAGCAACAGCGAAGAACAAAGUAGAGAAGAAGAAAACAAACAAAAUAAAGAAAAACAACAAUCAGCAGAAGUCACAAGUAGCCCGAUUACGGAAGAUGGGUUUAAACCAAUGUUUCCAGACCCUCCUGACAGUUUUUUCCGCGAUUCAAGCUAUGAAGAAAGAAACCCUUUUGCCAGCCACGAUUUUGAUUUUGACCAAUUUUUAUCCGAACUAAGGACACAAGCGGUGGAUCCUUCGUUUAUACCGUCAACUCCUGUGCAAACCACUCCAAAGUACAAUUCCCAAACAAGAGCGCCUCAUUAUUACAUGGAGCCAAAUUUAAUUCCAUCGAAGGGUGUUCAAAUCAGCAAUAUGUACCGACCGGUCGGCUCGAUUACGACGACGACUGCACCCUCUUCGACCAAAGCUACUUUAAACAAAGGAAGUGAAGAGUACGAAGAUGAAUACUACGACGAUUACGAUGAUUACGAUAUAACCAAUAAGACUUAUAUAAACCCGCCUAAAGCUCCCAAAGUGCCAAAAAGAUUGCAGCAUUUAGAUGAUAAGGACAAUAACGAAGAUGAUGAUGAAGGAAGUAGCGAUUACGAAGGAGACAGUGAAGAAUAUUACGACGAGGGCAGUAAUGAAAGCGAAGAAGGGGAAGAAGCUGAAGAAUCUCAGGAAGAACAGAGCGAUAGACCCGUCACCGUUUUAGAAACGGACAGUAGCAUGACUGAAAAGACGAAAUUGUAUCUGGACCCGACUACACCAAAAUAUGCCUUGUAUACCACGGCUCGCCUCGUGCCAAAAUGCACUAAUCGCGGUAGAAAUAAAUGCCAGACGCCUGGCAGCAGUCUUACAAAGAAAACGACCACGCCUAGGACGCGUUACAGAAGCACGACUACAACAACAACCGAAAAGACACCAUCACAAAACAUAAAACCUAUCACAGAAAGAACCAAACCUUCAAACUACAUGACACCCUCCUAUCCGUCUUCUACCCAAAUAAAUCCGGCCGUGCAGAAAAAACAGAGACAGAGACAGAACAGAAACAAGUCUGGAGACAUUGACCUUAGUCUUGUAACAAAAGGGUACCACGAUAAAGGACACACACAAAGAGCCCUAACCAGAUUAAGGUAAGCAAUAUGACCUGGAAAUCUAAGGAACUUGUACAGAACAACAUUAAACGAGACGAAUAUUUUUGGGAAUAAUUAAACAGGAUUCCCAUAAUCUAAUUUGUUUAUGAAUU